AGUUGGGAAGGCGCCGCGUCCGCCGGUGGCCGCACACCAGCGCCGCCGCGCCGCUGCCGCCCAGCACGGCAACCGGCACGCCAGAGCACGGCACACGGCCUACGUCAGCUAUGUGGACGAAACUCAUCUGAAUCAAACUCAACACGGACCGCUCGGGACCGACACCAUCCGGUGGCGGUAUGAAGGAGGAGGCCCCCGCCAUGGAGACAGAGUCGGGCCGGCCGGGCGCCAGCAGCCCGCCGCCGGGGCCGCUGCCCGACCUGGGUCUGCUGCAGCACCUGCCGGCCGCCCACCUGGGCCUGCUGGGCCAGCACAGCGGCCUGCUGCCGCCGGCCGCCCUCCAGGCAGCGCUCAUGGCCAGCCUCGCCGCCCAGCAGGCCAGCCACAUGCAGUACCAGCAAGCGCUGCUGGGGCCGGCGUCGGCGGCCGGGGGACGGCUGCCACCGCACCUAGCGCCGCCACCGCCACACACCACCCCCGGGCAGCUGCUGGGCUUCCAGCAGCGGGAGGCGCUGCUGGCCUGGUCAAAACUGGCCGCGCAGAGCAACGCGGCCAGGUUCCUGGGCGGCUCGCCCGGCCUGCCACACCCGGCCAAGCUGGACGACUCUGGUAUCCAGACGUCGCCCAAGGCUGAGCCGGCGGUGACCAGCAGCACCUUCCAGCAGCCCGGCUCCGGCCUGCUGGGACCCUACUCUCUACCUCAGGAGCUGGCCGGAGGAACCUCGCCGUCUCCAAACAGCGGGUCGCCUCCAGGCAACGGCACCUCCAGGGCAUCAGAGAAGAAGACAAACGGUAAGGAGGGCGGGCGAGAAAAGGUCUUCGUCUGCCAGGUGUGUAACCGCAGUUUCGGCUACAAGCACGUGCUGCAGAACCACGAACGCACUCAUACCGGCGAAAAGCCGUUCGAGUGCAAGGAAUGUCACAAGCGGUUCACUCGAGACCACCACCUGAAGACGCACAUGCGGUUGCACACGGGCGAAAAACCCUACCACUGCGCGCACUGCGAUCGACAGUUCGUUCAGGUGGCGAACCUCCGGCGACACCUGCGGGUUCACACAGGUGAGCGGCCAUACGCCUGCGAAAUGUGCGACUCCAAGUUCUCCGACAGCAACCAGCUCAAGGCACACAUGCUGAUCCACAAGGGUGAGAAACCCUUCAAGUGCGAGAACUGCUUCGGCACGUUCCGGCGUCGCCACCACCUGAUGCAUCACAAGUGCUCGAAGGAGUCAGAGCCGGCACCUGUACUGCCCAUGCUGCCACUCGGCCUGAUGAGCUCUGAGCGCUCGCCGCCGCCCGCGGGUCUGCUGAGCUCUGAGCGAUCGCCACCGCCGCCGCUCACCAGCGACGAGCUGGACGUCGAGGCCGACUCGGAGACUCGCUCGGAAGCGAGCAGCGGCGAGCGGCUGCGCUCGGGCGGCAGCAGCGACGACCGGCCGGUCGACGAGCACCGGCGCCGCGAGCGCAAGCAGAAGGAGACGCGCCGGCUGGUGCGGCCGCCGCCGCUCACAUCCACCGUCACGUCGCCGUUCGCGCUGGGCGUCAGCGUCGGCGGCGCGCCCGAACAGACCGAGCCGGAGGACCUCAGCAUGCGCCGCACCACCGGCAGCGACGAGGAGCCGGAGGAGCGGCGCCCUGACCCGCUGGCCUUCUCGGCCGACAGCAGCCGGGACACGUUCUCCGAGACGGGCGCCCAGCUCGCGCACACGUGAGCUUCACCAGAGAUGUUGCAACCAGCCGCGGCCCUGCCGCAUUCACGGGUAUUUUGUUGACAGAUGCGCAUGUUCCUAGAUUCUACCUCACACACCAGUCGCGGGCUGAGAACGCCUGGUUUUCCGAGCAGGGUUGGGAGCGGGAUCGAGCCGCGAACGAGCCCCUUUCUGGGGCUGCUGAUUAGAGUGCAGUCACUCCGCGGUGGAAGGACACUCGGCGCGCCAUUUUCGCCCCAGUUUCCCUAUGCGCCGGUGGCGUCGGCCGCGGCACCCCCGAGCUGUAUCGAUUGAGCCCCGGGGAGUUGGGAGACGCUGGCCGCCAUCGGCCAGCUGCGGCCCGGCCCAGGUCCGCCGGCCAUCAGUCGUCCAUUACUCAUCGUGCGCCGCCGAUCUGACGGCCCGUUCGCGUUCUCGUUCUCUCUCUGGUGCGCCGUCGGCCGGCCGGUCCCUCUGCGUCCGACGGUAUUGCCAGUUAAUCGAUCGGGCAUUAUAUGCAGGGCAGCGGCGCAGCGGUGGCGGCUGCGGCGGCGGCUCCGUGGGGACCCGCCGCCACCGCCGCCGCCGCCGCAGCCUCCGGCGCCGCUUUUUCGCAGAGCACCGGGAGGCCCAGGGCACUUUCUGGCUCUCGGCUGACCCGUUAAUAAAUAAUCAGCGCCGCCGCACGACUUGGGCACUUGCUGUCGCCGUGACGCGCCGCCGAUGACGCGGCCGGCGCCGGGACCGCACCGAGCCACCCCAGCGGCCCGCGGCGGUGCUCACCCGGCCGAGAGGUUGUUCACCCGGCCUCGAGGACGGUGGCGCGCAUCCUGGCACGCACACGCACACGCAGCGGGCGGUGAAAGUGGCCGCGUGGCUCCUCGGCCGCUGACCCGGCCGGCGCGCGCUAUUUUCGGCGCCGGUUGCUGGCGCGGGCGGAAGUGUUACGCGCGUGUGCGUGGGAGCGCGACCGGUCGGCCGGUGGCCGCACCCCGCGGGACGCCGCUCCCACCGGUCGGGCGGCGCCGCCACGCACAGGUGUCAGCCGCGCACGCACAGAGCACAGAGAGCAGCGACUCAGUGGCGGGCCAAAGUUCAGCUGCGGCGCAUUUUCGAUGGAGGCUUCAAAUUUCGAGAAAAAAAAGUAGUUGGGCCUGGCGCGCAUUUGAGUCAUAUUUCUUUGAAGAACUUCAAGCCACAUAAUUCAAUUGGAAAACAACGUAAAAUCCCACAUCAAAACGUGCCAAAAUCGAAAUGCGGUAGCGUCUCCCAGCUCCCCUCUUAUGUACAAAAUUCCCACUGGAUACAGAUAGUUAGCAGACCUAGUCUCAGCGGUGUGAGCGAAGCUUCCAAUGGGGACGGAGCUGCUCGGCGGAGCUGUGCCAGCCAAUUCCAACCGCUCAGGGAGGUGGAGUCAAAAACAGUCAGUGCGCUCGCCGCGGGCUGUGCG